ACAGUUUUUAAAGUUUUCUCAAAAUUCUAAAAUAUGACUUCAGCUGUGAAGAUAGCCUACCACAUAUCAGCUUUCAGCUGGUAUGCUUUCAUUGUUAACUGUCUUGCUUCAAAGGAUGGAGAGGACUUACCUGCAGGAAUCUUUGUGUAUGGAGGACCGUGGAAGUAUCUCACCUUUUUGAACUUGUUGCUACAAAUGACACUCUUUGGAUUGGCUGCAGUCAAUGAUCUUCAACCGGGAAAACAGACAGAAAGUACUCUGAAAAAGUGCAACGACUUCCUGUUCUCCGUGUUUGGGUUUCCUGUGGGGAUGUUCGUUGUUCUGCUUUUCUGGACAAUCUUUGCCUACGACAGAGAACUGGUCUAUCCGGCGUCCAUUGACUCCUUCUUCCCUCCAUGGAUAAACCACGCCAUGCACACUUUUGUCCUUCCAAUUUCGCUGGGAGAGGUCCUGGUUCAGCCUCAUGCCUACCCUCAGAGGAAACACGCUCUAGCAGCACUAACGGUUGUUGGAUUGGCAUAUCUAUCAUGGUAUUGUGACUUAACAAAGAAUAUAAAUCUACUAAAAUCAACUUCAUGUUCCCUCUUCAUGUCCUGCAGGAUCUUAUGGGUGUACGUCUCUGUGGGAGUUUGGGUAUAUCCUCUUCUUGGGCACUUCAGCCCCUCUGGCUUGGCGGGCUUCUUCUUCUUUAACAUGUCUGUGGUGACGCUGCUCUACAUGCUCGGGGAAAAGCUCAACAACCUCGCCUGGAGUAAGAAACAACUGCAGUCAGCCGGCUGUCAGGUCCCUGAAGCCUUUAAGAUGCUGGAGGUAGUCCGGAUCUGCAUCCACCAAGCCGACGGAAAUGAUCCUCGCCAGUAA